AUGAUCGCGAUCGGGCUCGAAGGCUCAGCAAACAAGCUCGGCGUUGGGAUCAUCGCACACCCACCACCAGGCAAGACAGGAGCGGCCAGAAUACUGUCCAACAUCCGGCACACCUACGUCUCACCACCAGGCGAAGGCUUCCUACCCAAAGACACGGCCAAACACCACCGAGCGCACGUCGUCCAGCUGGUCAGACAAGCACUUUCGGAAUCCAACCUCCAAAUUUCCGACAUCUCAUGCAUCUGCUACACGAAAGGGCCGGGGAUGGGCGCACCGCUACAGUCUGUGGCGAUCGCGGCUCGGACACUGUCGCUGCUGUGGGGGAAGCCGCUGAUCGGCGUGAACCACUGCGUAGGCCACAUUGAGAUGGGGCGAGAGAUCACGGGCGCGACGAACCCAGUCGUGCUGUACGUGUCCGGCGGCAACACGCAGGUGAUUGCGUACUCAACACAACGGUAUCGGAUCUUCGGGGAGACGCUGGACAUCGCGGUGGGGAACUGUCUGGACCGGUUUGCGCGCACACUGGGUAUCCCCAAUGACCCGGCGCCGGGGUACAACAUCGAGCAGCUGGCGAAGAAAGGGAGAGCCCUCCUCGACCUGCCUUAUGCGGUCAAGGGCAUGGAUUGCUCCUUCUCUGGUAUCCUGGCGCGGGUUGACGAGCUUGCUCACCAGAUCCACGCGGGAACAUUAAAAGACCCGGUCAGUGGGGAUCCGGUCACGCCUGAAGAUCUGUGCUUCAGUCUGCAGGAGACGGUGUUUGCGAUGCUGGUAGAGAUCACGGAGCGUGCCAUGGCUCAUGUGGGUUCAAACCAAGUCUUGAUUGUCGGCGGUGUCGGCUGUAAUGAGCGCGUGCAGGAGAUGAUGGGUAUCAUGGCCCGUGAUCGUGGCGGGAGUGUCUAUGCUACCGAUGAGCGGUUUUGCAUCGACAAUGGAAUCAUGAUUGCCCAUGCCGGUUUGUUGGCGUAUCAGACUGGCGUGAGGACGGAGCUGGAGGAUAGUACGUGUACGCAGCGGUAUCGGACGGAUGAUGUCUAUAUAGGGUGGAGGGAGGAUUAA